UCUUACUGUAGAUCUUAACUUCUGCAUAGAAUUUUUUUUUAUUAAGUGGAGAGUUAGUAACUUACUUAAAAGAAAUGUUUCUUGGCCGGGUGUGGUGGCUCACACCUGUAAUCCCAGCACUUUGGGAGGCCGAGGCAGGAAGAUUCACUUGAGGUAAGGAGUUAGAGACCAUCCUGGCCAACAUGGUAAAAGCUGGUCUCUACUAAAAGUACAAAAAUGAGCUGGGCGUGGUGUUAGGUGUCUGUAGUCCCAGCUACUCAGGUGGCUGAGGCAGGAGAAUUGCUUGAACCCACAAGGCAGAGGUUGCAGUGAGCUGAGAUCACACCACUGCACCACAGCCUGGGCAACAGAGCAAGACUCUGUCUCAAAAAAAAAAAAAAAAAGAAAAAAAAGAAAAAGAAAAGAAAUGUUUCUUUUCUUAUUAAGUUCUUUAAAUGAAAAGCUUUUCUUUUCACUUUUAUUUUAUUGAAACAUUAUAACACUAUCUUUGAAGAAGAUAGUGUUAUCAUUCCAUUCUGAUGAAACCAAUUAACUUAUCCAAGCAUAUGCAUGCUGUACACAGAGAAGCCAACGUCAAAACCCCUAUUUUUAUCUUCUUAGAUUCAGCAGAUACAUGUGCAGGUUUUUUAUGAGUAUAUUGCAUGAUGCUGAGGCUUACAUUAAUGAUCUAGUCACCAAAUAGGUAGAUUUUCAAGCCUUGCUCCCCUCCUUACCCAAUGUUUAGCGCUCUCACUUAUAAGUGAGAACAUGUGGUAUUUGGUUUUCUUUUCUUUUCUUUUUUUUUUUUUUUGAGAUGGAGUUUCACUCUUGUUGCCCAGGCUGGAGUACAAUGGCACCAUCUCGGCUCACUGCAACCUUCACCUCCCAGGUUGAAGCAAUUCUCCUGCCUCAGCCUCCCGAGUAGUUGGGACUACAGGCAUGUGCCACCAUGCCCGGCUAAUUUUGUAUUUUUAGUAGAGACAGGGUUUCUGCAUGUUGGUCAGGUUGGUCUCGAACUCCUGACCUAAGGUGAUCCACCUGCCUCAGCCUCCCAAAGUGCUGGGAUGACAGGCGUGAGCCACCGCGUCUGGCCAGUAUUUGGUUUUCUGUUUCUGUGUUAACUCGCUUAGGAUAAUGGCCUCUAGCUGCAUCCAUGUUGCUGCAAAGGACAUAAUCUUGUGAUUUUUCAAGGCUGUAUAGCGUUCUGUGGUGUAUACAUAUCACAUUGUCUUUAUCCAGUCCACCUCUGAUGGGACCUGGGUGGAUUCCAUGUCUUCACUAUUGUGAAUCCUGCUGCAAUGAACAUACAAGUGCAUGUGUCUUUUUGGUAGAAUGAUUUAUUUUCCUUUGGAUAUAUACCCAGUGAUGGGAUUGCUGGGCUGAAUGGUAACUCUGUUUGUAGUUCUCUGAAAUAUCUCCAAACCAAACUGCUUUCCACAGUGGCUGAACUAAUUUACACUCCCACCAACAGUGUAUAAGUGUCCCCUUUGCUCCACAAUCUCACCAGCAUCUGUUAAUUUCUGGCUUUUCAGUAAUAGCCAUUCUGACUGGUGUGAGAUGGUAUUGUUGCGGGAUAAUUUAGGAAUCAGAGAGACCGAGGGGUUGAGGAGGAUUUCUUCUUAUUAUUAUUAUUUAGGUGCACCGGCCCCAGUCGGAUUAACAUCCAAAAAGACUGAGGCUCGAACAGAGAGUCCGGUUACCUUUUAAGCAUUUUGUGGGGUGGGGGGAGAUCUGUGCAGGGGGAAGCAUAUUACAGAAGCGAGAAACAAAGACAGUUAUUCAAUUGAGACAUGCAUCACAUUAUUCCUUACUUUUCAAGAAAAAUAUGUUUUACGACUUGAGGUUAUCCUGUCUGGUGACCUUGCAGCUGCACGGCAAGAGAAACAGGGUCUUCACAAUGCCUGGGAAAGGGAGAGAUAAGGCUCACUAGCCACAGACAGAAAAACAGGCAGUGCAUGUUUAAAGGACUCUACCUCUUUCUCUUCCUCCGGGGGAACUGGGUUUUCUUACAUACAACUGAGUUUUUGUUUACACAUUCUGUAAUUUCUUUUAAUUCCUGUUCCAGUUUCUCACUGUGAAACUCCCUAUGUUUUUAUACGAUUCUCAGGGGGUUUCCUCUGGGCAUGAUUGGGCACAACUUCCCACAGUCAGCUCUGGGUACGACAUCCACAUUGCAGAAUUGAGAAGUUGACCCAGAAAUGCAUUUUGGGCUGAGCAGACAAUUGUCAGAGUUGCUGGCUAGACCACAGAUGUGUCAGAGGGGCCGUGGCCUUUCUGUAAGCUCAUGGUCAGAGGCGGAGGGGAGUUGUGAACGUUCUGAUGAAAGCAGUCAACGUGAAAGCGCUCUGGUGAUGGGCGCUGGUGCUCACCCACCACUUCCUGUGUAUGUCCCUGGCCCGCUGGGCUCAGUCCCCACUGCUCAGCACUAGGCCGGCAGAAUCUGAGCGAUGUCUUCCACACUCCCUGCCCUGCUCUGCGUCGGGCUGUGUCUGAGCCAGAGGAUCAGCGCCCAGCAGCAGACUCUCCCAAAACCGUUCAUCUGGGCCGAGCCCCAUUUCAUGGUUCCAAAGGAAAAGCAAGCGACCAUCUGUUGCCAGGGAAAUUAUGGGGCUGUUGAAUACCAGCUGCACUUUGAAGGAAGCCUUUUUGCCGUGGACAGACCAAAAGCCCCUGAGCGGAUUAACAAAGUCAAAUUCUACAUCCCGGACAUGAACUCCCGCAUGGCAGGGCAAUACAGCUGCAUCUAUCGGGUUGGGGAGCUCUGGUCAGAGCCCAGCAACUUGCUGGAUCUGGUGGUAACAGAAAUGUAUGACACACCCACCCUCUCGGUUCAUCCUGGACCCGAAGUGAUCUCGGGAGAGAAGGUGACCUUCUACUGCCGUCUAGACACUGCAACAAGCAUGUUCUUACUGCUCAAGGAGGGAAGAUCCAGCCACGUACAGCGCGGAUAUGGGAAGGUCCAGGCGGAGUUCCCCCUGGGCCCUGUGACCACAGCCCACAGAGGGACAUACCGAUGUUUUGGCUCCUAUAACAACCAUGCCUGGUCUUUCCCCAGUGAGCCAGUGAAGCUCCUGGUCACAGGCGACAUUGAGAACACCAGCCUUGCACCUGAAGACCCCACCUUUCCUGACCCUUGGGACACCUACCUUUUAACCACAGAGACGGGACUCCAGAAAGACCAUGCCCUCUGGGAUCACACUGCCCAGAAUCUCCUUCGGAUGGGCCUGGCCUUUCUAGUCCUGGUGGCUCUAGUGUGGUUCCUGGUUGAAGACUGGCUCAGCAGGAAGAGGACUAGAGAGCGAGCCAGCAGAGCUUCCACUUGGGAAGGCAGGAGAAGGCUGAACACAAAGACUCUUUGAAGAAUGACCGUGAGACACAGUGGCCGUGGGUGGAUCUGAAAGCUGGUGUUGAGCCUGGGCCGCGUGAGCUCUGUGUUGGACCCACGGAGGAGGGAGUCACUGCAGGGAACGAGGGACACUGGCAUUCCAUUUGUCAGAGCAUCCCGGACGAUGCAGAGGGUGGGAGAACUACAUGCUAAAUUUCUUUUUUUUUUUUGAGACAGAGUUUUCUCUUGUUGCCCAGGCUGGAGUGCAAUGGCGCGAUCUUGGCUCACUGCAACCUCUACCUCUCCAUCCCUCGGGUUCAAGUGAUUCUCCUGCCUCAGCCUCCUGAGUAGCUGGAAUUACAGGCAUGCGCCACCACCCCAGCUAAUUUUGUAUUUUUAGUGGAGACGGGGUUUCUCCCUGCUGGCUGGUCUCGAACUCCUGACCUCAAGUGAUCUCCCCGCCUUGGCCUCCCAAAGGGCUGGGAUUACAGGCAUAAGCCGCUGCGCCCAGCCACUGAAUUUCUUCUGUAGACAAAUCCUAUGGUCUCUUCUAGGCUCUAACUAUUUUUGUGCCACUUACUGCAAACCAUACUUUUAACCACUCUGGUCUUUUCUGAAAAGAUCUCUCCUUCUUUAACAGGAGGGCCAUGGAAAUAUUUUUUUCCUACUUUGGUCUUUUUUUCUUUCCUUUCUCUGCAGGAAGCCAUUCAAAAUAGUUAAUAACCAAUAUAGAAUAGGUCUGUAUCAAAUGGUUCAGGAGGCAUUGUGGCAACAACCAGUUGUAGAGAAGCAGCUUUAUAAGUGAAUCCUGCCAGGCACGGUGGCUCACACCUGUAAUCCCAACACUUUGGGAGGCUGAGGCGGGCGGAUCACCUGAGGUCAGGAGUUCGAGACCAGCCUGGCCAACAUGAUGAAACCCCAUCUCUACUAAAAAUACAAAAAUUCGGCCAGGCACGGUGGCUCAUGCCUGUAAUCCCAGCACUUUGGGAGGCCAAGGUGGGAGGAUCACCUGAGGUCAGGAGUUCGAGAGCAGCCUGGUCAACAUGGUGAAACCACAUCUCUACUAAAAAUACAAAAAUUAGCCAGGUAUGGUGGCGUGUGCUUGUAAUCCCAGCUACUCAGGAGGCUGAGGCAGGAGAAUAGCUUGAACCCGGGAGGCGGAGGCUGCAGGGAGCCAAGAUCGCACCACUGCACUCCAGCCUAUGUGACAGAGCAAGAUUCUGUCUCAAAAAAGAAAAGAAAAAAAAUAAAUGAGUCCUGGCUGCAUCCCAACCAUACCCCAAUUCCUUCUAACCACAGAAUUAUUCCAUCUUCUCUUCCUUUUUUUUUUUUUUUCUUUUUUUUUUUUUUUUUGUUUAUUUUGUUGGGACAGAAUUUCACUUUUUUUUUUUUUAAUGUAAGUUUUAGGGUACAUGUGCACAACGUGCAGGUUAGUUACAUAUGUAUACAUGUGCCAUGUUGGUGUGCUGCACCCACUAACUCGUCAUUUAACAUUAGGUAUAUCUCCUAAUGCUAUCCCUCCCCCCGAGUUUCACUUUUGUCACCCAGGCUGGAAUGCAGUGGUGCAAUCUUGGCUCACUGCCACCUCCACCUCCAGGGUUCAAAUGAUUCUCCUGCCUCAGCCUCCUGAAUAGCUGGGAUUAUAGGCAUGCACCACCACGCCCGGCUAAUUUUUGUAUUUUUAGUAGAAAUGGGGUUUCACAAUGUUGGCCAGACUGGUCUUGAACUCCUGACCUCAGGUGAUCCACCAGCCUCGGCCUCCCAAAGUGCUGGAAUUACAGGUGUGAGUCACCGUACCCGGCCACCAUCUUUGCUUCUUUAUCCACACCUUGCCUUGUUCUUCAGGGCUCUGCAGAGAUAUCAUUUCCUCCAAGAGUUUCCACAACUCCGACUUCACAAAGGUAGCACUUUUUUUUUUUUUUUUUUUUUUUGAGACAGUCUCACUCUGUAGCCCAAGCUGGCGUGCAGUGGCACAAUCUCAGCUCACUGCAACCUUCGCCUCUGGGGCUCAAGCGAUUCUCCUUCCUCAGCCUCCCAAGUAGCUGGGACUAGAGGCACGUGCCACCACACCCGGUUAAUUUUUUUUGCAUCUUUAGUAGAGAUAGGGUUUCGUCGUGUUGCCCUGGGUGGUCUCAAACUCCUGAGUUCUGGUGAUCCCCCCGCCUUGGCCUCUCAGAGUGCUAGGAUUACAGGCGUGAGCCACUGCGCCCAGCCAAGACAACACUUUCCUCAUCCCAAAGCACCUGUUAAUUCCCUGUAACAGCACUUGAACCCUGAUUCGGCAUGCAUGUCCAUUUUCCUGCCUCUACCGUGAACUCGUGUGAAUUGAUCUAUGUCAGAUUUAGUGGCUGCAUUCACAGCUCCCGCAACUAUAAUGGGGUUCUCGGGAAAUAUAUAUCAAAUUAGUGAAUGUAUAUACGGGGCUGUGGCACAGCCUGCAACUUGAGACUUCUCACUAGGGGUCUUGAAAUGCUGUCUGGACACCACCAUCGCUUUCCUCCCUGAGAACUACUUAUCAACCCAUUUAUAUACUCAUCGCAUGGGUCCUCACGCCCUCCCAUUAUUCUGGUGCCUCAUGCCAGUCAAAUUUAUUCUCUAAAUCUGAUUUUUCCAUUAAAUAGCAGCCUGGCCAACACGGUAAAACCCCAUCUCUACUAAAAAAUACAAAAUAUUAGCCAGGCGCAGUGGCUUGCACCCGUAAUCUCAGCUACUCGGGAGGCUGAGGCAGGAGAAUCGCUUGAACCCGGGAGGCAGAGGUUGUGGUAAGCCGAGAUUGCACCACUGCACUCCAGCCUGGUAACAGAGCGAGACUCCCUCUCAAAAUAAAUAAACUGCUGACUUGCGUAUUUUUUCUUUACCCCAACUCAUUCCUUACAUGUAGGCACCUGUAAUCCCAGCUACUCAGAAGGCUGAGGCAGGAGAAUCGCUUGAACCUGGGAGGCGGAGGUUGCGGUGAGCCAAGAUCGUGCCACUGCACUCCAGCCUGGGCGACAGAGCGAGACUCCAUCUCAAAAAAAAAAAAAAAAACCACAUAGGCUCAGUCUUUUCAGUAUCUGCUUUACUGGUUCAGUAAAAGCCAGGAAACACAACUUUGUGGUAAUCUGAAUGUUAUUGAACUGUAUUUUGUUCACUUUAUUGUAAAUACUGGUGAACAGUGAAUAAAUGGUUGUAUAUUCCUAAUAAGAAAAAAAAAAAAAAAGACCCAAAGUACAGCGAGCUGAUGCCGAUCUCAUUUCACAGAGGUCCGCCUGCUCUCCCCUCUCCAAGAGUGUAAUCCUAUGCUUAAUAAACUUAUGCCGCUUUGCUAUAUGUGAGUAUCACACCCAAUUCUUUGUUCGAAACACCAAGGGCCUGGAACUUCACAGCUUCAGCUGGUAACAGGGGGAGCAGGGGUAAAGACAUUUAAAAGCUGCUUGUGUUAACCAUAAUCGCCAUCCCGUAUAUCAGACCCCCAGAACCAACUCAUCUUAUAACUGAAUACUUGUGCUU